UAGAGUGCAUUGACCAACCUGCUGUUGCUGCGAAUUCUAUCGAGGAGCAAGUCAGUUGGAUAGAUGUUUGCUUCCGUGUUUGUACUUUCAAGUGUGAAGUGACUAGGCAGCGCCGGGAUGCAAUCAAAGUUGUUUUGCUACCCAUCCAACUAAAAUGGCGUCGCUGUUUAUCAUUUAGUUAUCUUAUUUCAUGUGAACGUUCUACAAAGAUCGCAUCCGUGUGAGUCAUAAACCAACAUAGCAAUGACAGUUUUAUAGCACACAGUGAGAAUACGUUUCCAAAACGUUGUAUAGAAGACUGGCUAGUGUGAUUUAGAUACCACAAUAAUGCGCGAAUUCAAAGUAGUUGUACUGGGAUCGGGUGGGGUCGGCAAGAGUGCUUUGACGGUGCAAUUUGUGUCUGGAUGUUUUAUGGAAAAAUACGACCCCACCAUAGAGGACUUUUAUAGGAAAGAAAUAGAAGUGGACAAUUCUCCGUGUGUUUUAGAAAUAUUGGAUACAGCGGGCACGGAACAAUUUGCAUCUAUGAGAGAUUUGUAUAUAAAAAAUGGCCAAGGCUUUGUUGUAGUGUAUUCUUUAACCAAUCACCAGACGUUCCAAGACAUAAAGCCAAUGAAAGAGUUAAUUACGCGCGUCAAAGGUUCAGAGCGUGUGCCGAUACUGCUAGUGGGCAACAAAGCAGACUUGGAGCACCAGCGGGAGGUCUCACAAGCUGAGGGCUCUAGCCUCGCGCAAAUGUGGGGCUGCCCGUUCUUCGAGGGCUCUGCCAAGAGUCGCAUCAAUGUGAAUGAAAUGUUUGCAGAGAUUGUGCGCGAAAUGAACGUUAGUCCAGAGAAGGACAAGAAACCUUAUUGUUGUUGUACAGUGCUUUAAUAUUUAGAGUGUAAUGUGGCAUUUAUUUCUCGUAAGACUGCAAGAGGAGGCAGGAAGGCAGCCGCCUCGGCCCGACGGCCGCCUGCCUCCGGUGGGCGCGCGGAGGUCCCGGGGCGUGCCCUGCCGGUCCCCGUCGUUGGACCUUUGGCGGCCGCGGAGCGCGUCAUAUCACGUUGUUAAUAUCUUUGAUACAUACCAUUGUCCAAUCGAGGUGCUUUAUCUUAUAUUUUCAUACUUUAGUACUGGUAGAUACUCCCGCAAUAAUCAUUGUCAAAACAAACAUAAUGAACAUGUGGAUUCUGAUUGGAACAUUAUAUUUAGCAUUAAAAAAUUGUAAUAAUUUUAAUAUUGUCCUCGGCUAACUGGGACAUUGUCUGAUUUUUAUAUGACACUAUAUAUGUAUUGUAAAAUAAUGUUAGUGAACUUUGUAUAUAAUUUCAUGAGAUUAAUAAUGUGGAAGGACAAAGACGGUUUUAGAGAAUU